GGUUUAUGGUGAGCAACACAGAACAGCAAGUUUAAGUUGUGGAAAGAGUCAAAGAUAUUCUUGGAAAAAGUCAGUCUUUGUUUUAAAUAUACAAAAUGGAAAUUUUUUUCACACUGCCAUAUUCAGUUUUAGAAGUACCCAAUAUCAAAAUUAAAAAACCUUCUUGGUUACAUCAACCUUCAUCUUCUACUGUAUUUGCUUUGGUUUUAUUAUCAUAUUUUCUGGUUACUGGUGGAAUUAUUUAUGACGUGAUAGUGGAACCUCCUAGUGUUGGAUCGACAACAGAUGAACAUGGCCAUUCUAGACCUGUAGCUUUCAUGCCUUAUAGAGUAAAUGGCCAGUAUAUCAUGGAAGGAUUAGCAUCUAGUUUUUUGUUUUCAAUGGGAGGUCUAGGAUUCAUAAUUUUAGACCAUAUUCACUCGCCAUUGACCCCUAAAUUAAAUAGACUGUUAAUAACUGCAGUUGGAUUUAUAUGUGUGCUAAUUUCUUUUAGCACUACAUGGAUAUUCAUGAGAAUGAAGUUACCAGGAUAUCUACAAUCUUAGUAAAUAUAAGUUCAAUAUUGUCCUUAUACAAUGCUAUCAUUUGAAUUCUAUAUUCAACUGUAUUAUAUUACAUGUGUAUGAGAAACCAAUCAGAGUUAAAAAUAUUGAGAUUCUUU